GUGGCAUUUCAGAUCCAUUUCAUUUGCCUUUAUAUUUUUUCUUAUAUUGUUUUAAUUGAAAAAAAAAACUCUACAUUAAAUGAAUGAAUUUUUAGUGAAAUCAAAAGAAAACUACGUGCAAUUUAUAUCGAUUAAAAGAAAUACAAAACAACAACAAGUUCAGCUUUAAAAAUUUUACACAAAUAUACAAAACGAAAGGACUUUGAUUGAUCUAGAGACAACAUCAUCAACGUCAACAAAAGAUUUGAUAAGACGAAACGCUACCGAAAGCAAAGGCAACCAUACCCGCAGACAUAGUGAAUAACGUGGCAAACAGCAAAAAAAAAAAACAAAAAACGAAAACAAAAAUUUCCAUCUACUUCAACAUAGUUCAACAAGAAGCUUUUACACCACCAACAACCAGCGAUAGAAGUAAACAAACGCAACAUAAAAAAUCUGACGCAAAUCACGUGAUACCCUUCGAGCUCACGUGCUUUUUUUUUGUUUAUUUUUUAUGCUCAACUUGAGCUAAAAACAGAAGCGGGAAUAUUGGCAAGCUCUGAUAAACAAAGAACGCAGACUGAAUGUUAAAAGAUUCGCAGGAAAUCACUAAAAGACGCAAACAGUCGUCAACGACCGACAACGGGCUGCAGCUGGGACCGGAAACAUUUAUGUCACCCGAUAUAACGCCAUCGACAACGUAUCCACUAAACAUGGCUUUAGACCGUCAGUCGCCCGAAGUAGCGUUAGCCUUAACUACGACGUCGGUAUCAAGCGCGUUGCCAACGAUCAAUACGAACUCUUCUUCAAAUGCUCUAACCUUGCCUUCACUAACGCCUUCGACGAUGGCAGCUUCGUUGCUUAAUAAUAAUGUAACAACAACGCCUACGGCUUCAAUACCCGAUCAUUAUAGCUUGAGAUGGAAUAAUCAUCAAAAUCAUAUUAUGAGAGCUUUCGAUGCAUUACUCCAAACCAAAACGCUGGUGGACGUCACAUUGGUGUGCGCGGAAACAAGUAUACGCGCUCAUAAAAUGGUUUUGUCUGCUUGCUCACCUUUCUUUCAGCGCGUCUUUGCCGAUACCCCCUGCAAGCAUCCCGUUAUAGUCCUUAAAGAUUUCCGAGGGUGGGUAAUGCAGGCCAUUAUAGAUUUCAUGUACCGCGGGGAGAUCAGUGUGCCGCAGCAAAGCCUUCAAAUUUUAAUGGAAGCUGGCGAGUCAUUGCAAAUACGUGGUUUAGUUGAAAGUUCUAUACCAGAACAUACACCCACGCCCGCCGCUUCCCCUGACGACUUCGGUAUGAUCGACGCUUCGCUGCUCAGCUCGGAAUUGGAAAGACGUUCCAGCUUUGAUGAGGAAUCACCUUCCAUGGUUACCUCGGCUUCGAAAAUCAUACUACCAUCGCGGUUAUUCAAUGCUUCCAAACGCCGUGAGAAAGAGCGGAAAAGAGAAAAAAAAGAACGUACUCUGGACCACGAAAUAGAUCAUAGUGAUCAUGAGUUUACGCCUGAAGCUUUGGUACACAAUGAAAAGUGCACAUCGCCCAUACCUAGACGUAAGCAAGCGAGACCCCGUCGGCGCUCGAGCGACAUGCCUCAAGACGUACAUAGUCAGUCAAAUUCACCUGCCCCCAAAGAUUGCAGAAUAGAAUCGGAGAAAAACGAUGAGCCUACUGAAUUAGCAUUUAAUCCAUGCAAUGCGUCAAUGGAAGCUAUAAAAACUGUGAUUAAAUCCGAACAAGUAGAACCUAUGGAAGAAGACGAAGUAGGCGAAAUAGAAGAGCGAGGUGUCAGUCGAAGUCAAGAAGAAAGCGAGAUCCGAACGAAUGAAGUGGACAGCGGUCAUGGAAACGAUAGUCGCGAAAAUAGUGAAGAGGCACAGCAAGAGAAAACUCGUGGAGAACAAGCUUUUCACGAGUUUGGCUCAGAAAUAAACAGGCAAGACGAUUUAACGAAUACCGGCGAUUUAGAUGAUGACGACGAAGAGCAGGAAGAAGAGGAAGAACGCGAAGAAGAAGAGGAUCUAGAAGAUUUAAUUUUGAAUUCAAAUGAAUUAAAUAGACGAAGGAAAUCAACGAUGUCCCUAAACUCGGAAGGUCCUGAAGACUUGUGCACAACGAAAAAAGACAACGACACCAGCGGUAACCAUUCAGCAUCCGACAACGACGAUAGCCCGCUAAACAAUAAUGAUAGUAGCAAAUUAAAUAACAACCAUAGCAAUCACAAUAAUCGAGUCGUAUUAUCCUUAAAGGAUAUACGUCACCUAAACAAGCCUCCAUCGUCGUCUACACCUAACUCGAGCAACAGCAACAUGCAUCCGUUUACGGGGUCAGGUAUAAGAGAUUUACGCUUAGAUCGUGCUUCUAUGGAGAACCAAUGUAAAAUGGAAGCCUUAGAAGCCCAGAUGCAAGCAGCCGCAGCAGCCGCAGCGGCAGCAGCAGCAGCUAGUGGAAAAAAUCCUUUCCACGAAAUGGAACAUCAAAUGGACUUGUCGUUAGCGGCCGCAGCGGCCGCAGCAGCCGUCUCCCAUCAGCACUCCCGAGAAAGAGACCAAGCCUUGCAAAGAGAGCAACGCGAAUUACAACAACAACAUAAUGCUUAUGCGAACAGCAUACUGAAUCAGAUGGGUAUGCCAAGCAUGGCCCCUUUUGGGCCGGGUUCGACUGGUCCACCGCUCGGACCAGGUGGGCAAGCGCCUCAUGAACGAUUAGAGGAGAGUAUGAAUCGUUUGAGUAAGGAAUUCGGACCCAGUUCACCAAUGAGCCUGCCCCCGCAUUACAAUCCACAGGAUGGACCGCCGCAUCCACCUUCGCCGCUGCCCUUUCCCGGUAUGUCAACGGCGUUAACUUUAACGCCGCCGCACAUGUUCGGCCUCGAUUCACCUUUGGGUCUUUUUCCGCCUGGUAUCGACCCAGGUAAACUCUACAAUCCGUUAAUGGAAAUGUCUGAUCCGAGGGGUAUGCCCAGUGAUCCACCGCCCUUUCUAAAAAAGAAAAUGCCCAGACCAAAAGGCCAGCAUUCAGCGCCUAGGGGCGGUCCACCGCGUUCCUGGACUAAUGCUGAGCUAACGGAAGCUUUACAGCACGUAUGGAAUAAGAAAAUGACAACUUCUCAGGCUUCGCGCAUCUUCGGCAUACCUUACAACUCUUUGCUGAUGUACGUGCGCGGCAAAUAUGGAAAAAGUCUAAAGCUUGAGCAGCUACGCAAAGACUGUAUUAGUGGUCCACCGUUAGAAUUACUACAAAUGGGUGCAAGUGGAGGCAAAAAUUCCGGGGAGACUAGAGAGCAGAGGGAGGCGCGCAAAGAAGCUCAACGUAAUGCCGCCGCUAAUGCAGCGGCUGAGUUAGAUUUAGCAGCCGGUUUAGCGACUGGACAAGGCAGCGGUCCGCAUAACGCUAACUCUGAAGCUGAUUUGCUGGGUGGCCCUAACGCUUUAUUCAAUCCUUUUAAUCCUCAAGGAUUUUACCCCGAUUUUCCGGGAGGUUUUCCUGGCUUACCGUUAAGCAUGUUGAAUCUCUUACCACCCGCAGACAGAUCACAGCACGGUGGCGUAAUGCAUCACGGCCUAGGAAUGGAUGAAGAUUGCAAAUCCGAUCGCUCCAAGCAAUCAUCAUCUUUGGAUGAUGAAUUUGCGGCGGCAGCUCAAUCUUUAGCAAUGCAACGAGCACCUGAGGAGAGACGUCACGGCGAUCUAAUGACCAAUAAUGCGACAAAUAAUAAUUCAAAUUCUGCUUCCAAUUCACAGGCUAAUGGCGGUGGUGGGGCGGGGGGACAGCAAGAUUGAAAUUUAUGGCGGGAUUGGGGUUCAAAUCCCAUGUUUUUCCCGCCAGCAGAAAACAAUUACGACUUUCUUAAUAUCGACGAUCCUUUGAUAGCCGACCUAACCAAUAGUAACCGACGUCAUCAUCAUUGUUCGACAUCCGAACGAACGCGUGAAUUUAAUCAAAAUUUAUAUAUGAGCCGUAAGAAAUUAAGACGUUAUCGUCAAAAACGUUUCAGUAAACAUCAUGGGCAUCAUGGCCAUCAAAAUCAUCAUCACCAUCAUCAUCAUCACGGGCAUCAAGCAUCAGCCCAUCCAGCUCGUCCAGUAACAGGUAAUAAUAAAGACAAUGCGAUCAAUGCAUUUAUGAAUCUCCCGAAUCCUUUAAACAUCUCGCCGACCGUUAUACGAACUUAGAGGUAAAAACUAACACUUAAGUAAUGCUGGCUAAGAAAGAAGAAAGCCUCCUCUUAAAUUUCCUUUUCCCUAAAAAUUUGUUUAUCGGUUUCUAUCCAAUGUGUUUAUUACAAUGUUUC